GUUAUCUGGAACAAGGAUUGCUAGUGAAAGACAAGAUAAAACUCAUAGAGAAGUAUAAAGCAAACUUGCAGUUUAAACUUGAUGUUCUGUCAGUGGUCCCAACUGAUCUGCUGUAUUUCAAGAUGGGGUGGAACUAUCCAGAAAUUAGGUUAAACCGGCUACUAAGGAUCUCUCGAAUGUUUGAGUUCUUCCAGCGGACAGAAACAAGGACCAACUAUCCGAACAUCUUUAGGAUUUCCAACCUCGUCAUGUACAUUGUCAUUAUUAUCCACUGGAAUGCUUGUGUGUACUACUCCAUCUCGAAGGCUAUUGGAUUUGGGAAUGACACAUGGGUCUACCCUGAUGUUAAUGACCCUGAGUUUGGCCGUUUGGCUAGAAAAUAUGUCUAUAGCCUUUAUUGGUCUACACUGACUCUGACAACCAUUGGUGAAACUCCACCUCCUGUGCUGGAUUCUGAGUAUGUCUUUGUGGUGGUUGACUUCUUAAUUGGAGUUUUGAUUUUUGCCACCAUUGUCGGUAACAUAGGUUCCAUGAUUUCCAAUAUGAAUGCAGCCAGGGCAGAAUUUCAAGCAAGAGUUGAUGCUAUCAAACAAUACAUGAAUUUCCGAAAUGUGAGUAAAGAUAUGGAAAAGAGGGUUAUUAAAUGGUUCGACUACCUGUGGACCAACAAAAAAACAGUUGAUGAGAAAGAGGUCUUAAGAUACCUGCCUGACAAACUAAGGGCAGAAAUUGCUAUCAAUGUUCAUUUAGACACAUUGAAAAAGGUACGAAUCUUUGCUGACUGUGAAGCUGGUCUGUUGGUGGAGUUGGUGUUGAAACUACAACCCCAGGUGUACAGUCCUGGAGAUUACAUAUGCAAGAAAGGGGACAUUGGGCGAGAGAUGUACAUCAUAAAAGAAGGCAAACUUGCUGUGGUAGCCGAUGAUGGAAUCACACAGUUUGUGGUGUUGAGUGAUGGCAGCUACUUCGGUGAGAUCAGCAUUCUCAAUAUCAAAGGCAGCAAGGCUGGCAACCGCAGGACAGCCAAUAUUAAAAGCAUUGGCUACUCAGACCUGUUCUGCCUCUCAAAAGAUGACCUCAUGGAAGCUCUGACGGAGUACCCAGAUGCCAAAACUAUGCUGGAGGAAAAAGGGAGGCAGAUCUUAAUGAAAGAUGGUCUACUGGAUGUAAACAUUGCAAAUCUGGGCAGUGACCCUAAAGACCUGGAAGAGAAGGUCACGAGAAUGGAGGGGUCAGUCGACCUCCUGCAAACACGAUUUGCCCGCAUCUUGGCUGAAUAUGAAUCGAUGCAGCAGAAACUCAAGCAAAGAUUAACUAAGGUGGAGAAAUUUCUGAAACCACUUAUUGAAACAGAAUUUUCAGCUCUUGAAGAGCCUGGAGGAGAGAGUGAGACCACAGAGUCUCCACAGGACUGA